AGAGAGUAAUAGUUCUGAAACUUCAUCCAUACAACCCAAUAAAAGGUAUUCUUUGAAGAGUAAGGCUAAGAAUAAAUACCAAUCCUCUCAGAAUUCUCUUUCAUCUUUGGACUAAGGUUAAGAAUCUUCUUUCCAAAUUCUUUAAUCUCAAGGUUAAGAAUCUUUUUAUAGGGUCUUAUGGCAUGCCUCAAGAACAAGAAUUGCAUUGUCAUCCAAAGGGUUUAUCUUUUUGACACUUUUGAGCUACAAAAAGGUUGGGCCAUACCCCAUUCUUUUCUACAAAUGGAGUGCACUUUCCUUGAUCAUCUUUCCACCAGAAUUAUGGGUUUCUGUUAUUUCUUUCUAUGGCUCCUCCUCCUCUUCUCCGUCAUUUCUUCCAAUGUUUUCACAGUGUACGCAUUCAAGGGAACAUACGGAGUAAACUACGGUAGGAUAGCAGAUAAUUUACCUUCACCACGCAGCGUGGUGACGCUUCUGAAGGCAGCCAAGAUUAAAAAUACCAGAAUCUACGACGCUGACCAUGAAGUCCUCAAGGCCUUCAAGGGCUCUGGCAUUGGAAUAAUUGUUGGACUUGGCAAUGAGUAUUUGAAAGAAAUAGCUGUAGGAGAGGAUCGCGCCAUGAAUUGGAUAAAGGAAAAUGUGCAGCCAUUCCUUCCUGGAACAAAUAUUGCCGGAAUAGCAGUGGGAAACGAGAUCUUGGGGGGCGAUGACCAUGAAUUAUGGGAGGUUUUACUGCCUGCGGUUAAAAAUGUUUAUGAUGCGCUUCGAAGGCUGGGUUUGACGAAGGUUGUCGAGGUUUCAAGCCCACAUUCAGAGGCCGUCUUCACCAAUUCCUUUCCACCAUCGGCGUGCGUUUUCAGGGAAGAUGUUUCUAUAUACAUGAAACCACUGUUGCAGUUCUUCUCAAAGAUUGGUUCUCCUUUUUACAUAAAUGCCUACCCUUUUCUAGCCUACAAGAGUGAUCCUGAGCAUAUUGACAUAAACUAUGCUCUUUUCAAAUCAAAUCAGGGAAUUCUUGAUUCAAAGACUAAUCUGCAUUAUGAUAACAUGUUUGAGGCUCAGGUUGAUGCAGCUUACGCUGCAUUAGAAAAGGCUGGGUUUCCCAAGAUGGAAGUCAUCGUUUCUGAAACAGGCUGGGCUUCUCGCGGGGAUGACAAUGAAGCAGGUGCCAGUUUAGAAAAUGCCAGGACUUACAAUCGUAACCUGCGUAAACGGCUAGCUAAAAAGAAGGGAACACCAUACAGACCAAAGUUUGUGGCAAAAGCGUAUAUUUUUGCACUGUUCAACGAAAAUUUGAAGCCCGGGCCAACUUCUGAGAGGAACUUUGGAUUGUUUAAACCUGAUGGAAGCAUUUCUUAUGAUAUCGGAUUCACCGGGCUUAAGGAAUCCUCUGGAGUUUCAUCUUUCAUUCAUUUCAAGGUUAUUGGAGCAUAUGGUUGGUUGGGGUCAUCCUGUGCAUUGCUUCUUACAACUUGUAUCACACUAGUGCUCCUAAUCUCAGCUUCUAUUGGGCUUCAGAGAGUAAUGGCAAUGUUUAAUAUUGGUGUAACAUUUGGUUUUGCCAUGAUGGUUCUGUUUCAACGCUCUGUGGCACAAACAGUGCAUGUGGUCGGAGACAACAUGGGUUGGACUGUUCCACAGGCCGGUGGUGCUCAGGCAUACAUUACCUGGGCUACUGGCAAGAACUUCAUGGUUGGUGAUACCCUAACUUUUGAUUUCACCACCAACAAUCACGAUGUUCUCCGAGUUCAAAAAGAAUCCUUUGAUGCAUGCACAUCUUCAAACUCUAUUGGAGACGUAAUUUCUACUGGUCCUGUUAACGUUACCCUUGAUUCUACUGGAGAUCACUACUAUAUCUGUACUAUUGGCAGGCAUUGUCAAUCUGGACAGAAGUUAGCUAUCACAGUCUCAUCACGCACAACAAGCGCAUCACCACCCUCCACCACCCCUAGACCACCUCCACCACCAAGUCCUACAGCUACUCCUUCACCGUCUUCCAAUAAUACCUCGGAUGGUUGUGCUCCAACACCAACACCAAGCCCCACAAGCUCAAUGACUCCAGAGUCACUUCCAACUAUCCCUUCUCCACCUGGUUCAUCGUCUUCUAUUGUUUUGGCAAGUUUCUUGAUGACCAUGCUAGCUGUUGUCGUUGGUUUGGUAUUUUAAGAUUAUGGAGAGGCUUAUAUAUAGUUAAUGCUUUUAAUUAAUUAAUUUUUAUAUUUAUUUUGGCAUUAUUAUCUACAUUACCCACUUCCAUUAUUAAU